AACUUGCAGGGAAAAAAUACAAAUAUUAGUAGUAAACGUGUUGUGCUAGGUCACUUGUUUUUGGGGAUCUUUUUAAACGUAUUGUAUUUUUAUCGUUAGAUAUUAUUAUUAUUAUUAUUAUUAUUAUUAUUAUUAUUAUUAUUAUUAUUAUUAUUAUUAUUAUUAUUAUUAUUGUUGUUGUUGUUUUAUUUCGACAUGUAUGACAGGGCUCACAGACUGACCGAUGUUACUGUGGGAAGUACAACACCUAAUUUGGGGCCUGGAUCAUAUGAUGUUUCGCAGGUGCUAACACAAAAAGAAGAUGGCUAUGCGCCGUUCAUGUCAAUGUCAAACAGAGAAUCAAUUUUUCAUGUUCCAAAUGCUGUGGUUGCUGCGCCUGGACCAGGGCAGUAUGAUGCAAAACCUGCAAAGGAACAUAUUUUGGGUGGAAAAAGCAUUCAGAACAAGUCAAAGCGUUUUGGAGAGAAUAUACCAGAUGUACCAGGUCCUGGAUCCUACAAUGUGUCCCAAUCUGUGAAAAAGAGCCUACAAACGGUCAGUUCAAACCGUAUAAAGUAUCUGCGGAAGCCUGACAUCCCUUCAAUCCCCUCGCCUGGCCAGGCUUUUGGAUAUGAGGAAAUUGAAGAUAGAACACUAUGUAAACAGUCUCCACCGCCACGAGAUAUAACUCUUGGUCCAGCAUUCUACAAUCCUCAACAAGUGGAAAGCUUUUCUUCUCAGAAGUACAGAGGCGUGCAUUUUGGAAACCUCACUGCAAAACGUUGUAUUCUGAAAGUAAAAGAGGGACCAGGACCAGGGCAGUAUGAAGUAUUAGAGGAUAAUGCACAGCAUUAUGAAAAUGUCAAUAUGAAGAAGGAAGAAAAGAAAUGUGAGCACUUUAUCCCACGGUAUCAUGAAUCAAUCACACUGCAAGAACAAAAGAAGGGGGUUCCUGGUCCAGGCAGAUAUGAAAUUAAAAGCUACUUUGAAAAAAUAAGUACUCAAGAUACGUCAGCUGUUUUGAACCCACCCUUCCUUUCCAAAACACAGAGAUUUGCACCUGUUAAAUCAAUCACUCCAGCCCCAGGUUCCUAUAAUGAUCCCCGUACAGCUUUGCAGUACUUGACGAAGAUUACAGGCAUGAAGAGAAGUCCUUUUGGGCUGACUGCAGUUCGGUUCAUUCCAGAAUCUAUAAAAACAAAAACACCAGGUCCUGGAGCAUAUAAUAUAUUUAACUAUGGACUUGCACAAGAAAGUUUGAAAAAGGCAUACCUAGAGAGCACAAGAAAAGGAGGGUUUGGAUCUACAGCCACACGAACCCCUGAAUUGCUAAGGAGGCAAGAUGUUGUGACACCAGGUCCUGCUCAUUAUCAGGUUAAGGACAAGCCUGAAGGGAGAUCUACAAAUCAUAAAUCAUCUGUGUUUGGUUCAGCAGUAGAAAGACUGUUGACUCCCAUUGUAGCAAAGGAUGCUCCUCCUCCAGGGUCCUAUGAUAUCCAAAAAGCCUUUGAGAAAACACAUGGGAAAAGUUUCUAUGUCCCACCCCGCACAGAAGGUGCCAAAAGGAGACAAGGUUCUUUUCUCAGUGCUGCUCCCAGACAUUCGGUUUUGGUCAGAUUUGAUCUAGACAUUCCAGGGCCGGCUCAAUAUGAUCCUGUGGUGAAGUCAACUCCCAAGAUGGCUUUAAUGGUAACCAGAGAUGAACGCUUCAAGGAACCUAAAGAGACUGUUCCAGGCCCUGGGUAUUAUGAGUUAAGCCCACCUAUCAUGGAUACUGUCUUGAAGGGAACAUUUAAUACCACCCUCAGUAAUCCUCUCAUAAAUCGUGUGGAUUCAGUGCAUGUAGACUUGUCAACCAAGAAGAGUGUCUAGACCUUCAGACUGAUUUUUCAAGAAUGGACUGCAUUAAAAGUUAUACCUACUAUGUUAUUUUUGUCAAGAUUUAUUUUACACUUCUGCCUUUUCUUCCAACUUUUCAACUCCUCCUUUAAAAAUGUAAUUGAUACCAGUUAAGCCAUAUGUUUUUCUCAAUCACAACUAAGAAACGCGGUAAUAGUAAAAUUGAUUUAAUUUACGGGCUUUUAAAUCACAAGUCCUACUUUUUUAUUUAAAAGCACAAGCGAUUAAUCUUCAUGUAAAUAGUUAUGCAUAAUGAUUGCAAUAAAGUAUGUCCAGCAUAAAAUACUUUAUUUUUCAUUAUAGUUUUAAUAAAGAUUAAUCACUUAUUAACAUGUUGCAGUCGCGUUUGUAUGUCCUGCUUGUAAAUGAAAAAUGAAGGCUUGGCUGAUUUAAAAGCCAAUUUAGUUCUUUCACAGAAAAAAAGGUUAAUUAAAUCAAUUUUACUGUUAACACAUUUAUCAGUUGUGAUUGAAAUACAUAAACGGCUUGCAGGUAUCAAUUAAAUUCUUUCAAGGAGAGUAUACAAGUUGGAGUAUAAAAGCUCCUAAACAGCUCUUUGCCAAAAUGAUUUCCCUCCCCAGAAGCUUUAUUAGAUUCAUAGCAAGACCCUGGCAUAGUGGGAAAAUGACUAGGCAGCUCAAUGGUUACGAAAACUUGGUAAGCAGGAAAGGAAACCCAAGUCCUUAAUAUCACAUUCUAUUCUAAAGGAAAAUCCCCACAGAGGCUCUAGACUGACAUAUUGUGGCUGCCCUCAAUACCUUGCAUCUAGCCUCAAUGUGAUCUCUUGAAUUAUAAUUGAAAAUAUGCUUUGUUGUCAUCACUUUGAAAUGUUGUAGACAUGAUGCACUAGUGUCAAACCACAUCUCAAUAUUAUUUUCAUUACUAACCAGAUAUAAUUUAGGACUGUUUGGGUUAAGGGGGGUAACCGAGUUUAAGUGUAAGUUGUUGUUUUUUUUAAUUCUAUUCUAAAGAAGCAUUGAGUGGAUAUUAAUGUUUUAUUGAUGGAAUGUUAGAUCCUGCACUAGUUAUUCUUUCUGUCCAAAUGUAGCUUUUUAACCUAUAUCACACAGUAUUUGAAAAACUGAUUGUAUUUUUUGUUGUUGAAAACAACUAAAUUAAA